AGAACACAAACUUAUAGAACCAUCAACCAGCUGGCAGGAUGCGGACAGUUUCUGGCUCUCAUGGAUCAAGACCCUCUCUCAGUGUUUAGGGACUCUCAACUGCAAACUGAGAUCAUCUAAAGCACAAAGAGCGAAGGGUAGGAUAGCAUCCAAAAAGGCAGAGCUUGCAGGUACCACAGAUGGGGCUCUGGAUGUAUUACCUUUGCUCUAAUUUUCUCGGUUUAUUGAUACUGCUUCAGUUUUUGACCCUGAGCUGGAGUCCUUUCUUAGAAGCAACAGUUUUUCCUUCUUCUGUGCCCCAUGUCAAAGCCAGCUACAGUUUUGGACGGACUUUCCUGGGACUCGAUAAAUGUAAUGCCUGCAUUGGAACAUCGAUUUGCAAGAAAUUCUUUAAAGAAGAAAUAAGGUCAGAAACUCAGCACAAUAAUUUUGAAAACAUUCUGCAUAGUAACAUGAAAAGUGACUGUUAACACUUCCAAGUACUUUAGUGAAAAAGAACUCAAAAUGUAACUUAUCCCCAGGUUUCCAUUACAGUGUCAAGUUGUUAUAAAUAAUGUAGAUUAGUAUUUUUAAGAAGACAAAAUCACCACCAGAUCUGAGCCCUGAAUAUGAUUUUUAAAGUAAAGUUUGACAACUGGCUCGCUUCUCAUUUAAAACUGCCUCCCAACUACUUUCCCAGUUACUCUGGGAACUACACAGAUGAUGCCAAAAGCUGGCGGCUGGUUGAGAUCUCCAGGUUAACCACCAAAUACCAGCAUGACCAAGCUGACAAGAGAAUCUGUGCUUCCCUUUCCAAGACAAAGACCUGCAGCAUCGAGCGUGUCUUGAGGAAGACAGAGAGAUUCCAAAAGUGGCUGAAAGCAAAGCGCCUCACACCAGACCUCGUGCAGGGGCUACCUAGUCCAAUGCUGCGCUGUCCUUCCCAGCGGCUCUUAGACAGAAUAGUACGCCGCUAUGCUGAGGUGCCAGAUGCGGGCAGUAUCUACAUGGGUCACCUCACAGACCGGGACAAACUACGCCUCCUCUACACGCUGUCAGUGAAUACACAUCCCAUCCUAUUACAGAUUUUCCCAGAAGCGGAGGGAUGGCCAUUUCCAAAGUAUUUGGGGUCCUGUGGCCGGCUCAUUGUCACUGCCGGCACCAGGCCUUUAAAGGAGUUCUACAGCUCUCCUCCUGAGGUGGCAGCAGAUCUGGCUCUCCAGCUCCUCUCUAUUGUCAAUUCCAUGAGGAACAAUGACAUGAACUAUUUCUUUUAUUUCGUCCAUGUUGAUGCUGGCACAUUUGGCAUUUUUAACAAUGGGCUUCUGUUCAUCCGGGAUGCCAGCACCCUGGGAAUCAUUGACAAGCAGGAAGGUCUCCAGAUGACUGAUGGGCAACAAGAGUAUAAAGACAUAUUUAGCUGUUUGGCUUCGGACUGCCAGUCUGCAUUUCCCAACUGUAAUUCAGUCAGAGAGAAGCAGAGCCUCGUCAUGGUGUGUCAAGAGCUUCUGCCUAAGCUCCUAAAGGGAAAAUUCCUCCAACCUGUUCAGGAGAAAAUAGACAGGUUCCUAAGGCUCUGUGCAGACAAUUUCAGAGCAGACCAGGAAGUCAGUGAUGCCGCUGGAAAGUUGAUAGAGCUAUUGAAAUCUUUGCAAUCUUGCGAUUCCCAUUUUGCCUACCGCUACCCUGACUGCAAAUACAGUGACAAAUACUAACAGCUGAGAGAAAGCUUUUCCUGAAAGACUGGAGUGCUGUGUACACAGCUCAGCUCUCACAGAAAGCGAAGAGGUUGCAGGAUGGAGAUGAAAGGAGGAUUCAUAGAAGCCCUGGCUUUCUAGUAGGAUAACAGAGAGAGGCAACAUAACACACCCGGGGUUUCCAUCUGACUCAGACACACUUAUCACAUUGGUGUGUUUGGUAUGAUGUGAAGUCUUUACUUAAGUGUUCUAACAUUUCAUGAAUGACCUGUGUUAAGAGAUGAAUAAAACUUAUUAAUGCAUUUUGGUCUUUGAGGAAUUUUCCAUGGUAGCCAUAAAGAAAAAUUAAAUACUAAGCCAUCUUGGUCACUACUAGGUGGAGUAGCAUACUGGCAGAUAACACAGACCCUGCUGAUAAAGACUAUACAAAUAAUAUGAGAUGAAUGGAAACAUUUAAGGCUGCCCUUGUGGGGCUAUAUUAAUGCCAUAAAAAUUAUCUUCUCUGACUUGAACUAUCUGCUCAGUUUGCUACCGUUAUGUUACUAUUGCGAUUGCCAAUUAAUUUGAUGUUAUAUGGGAUGGAAAGAGACAAUAGAUAGCAUUAAAGAGCUGAAAGCUCCCGUU